CCCGCGCCCGCCGCCGUCGGCCGUCCUCCGGCCUCCCUGCGCCCGCGCCCGUGCCAUCCUCCGACCCCGUGCGCCCAUGGCCAAUAUGGGGAUUUUGGCCCCACGAAGGGGACGAAGCCGCGGGGAGCCCCUUUUAUGGGCUUCUCCUCCCUCUCCUGGCUCCUCUCAGCGAGAUUUCCGGAGCUUCAGGUAUGAAGCCGGUUGAGAAGCCCUACCAAAGGGGGCCUAAGUUUAGUCCGGGGUACCCCCUAGAGGCAUCUCGCUAACCUUCUCUUCGGUGGCGGGGCAAAAACCCUAACCUUCUCGGCGGCGGAAUAUGGAGGCGAUGGAUCUGGAGGCGAAGCUGGGUGAGAACGGCCACGGCCACAAGGGGUCUGAUCUGGAUCCGGAGAAGGCCGCGGGUCAAGUGCUUCUGGGCGGCGAUGCUAAAAGGCCCCGCGAGGCCGACAACGGCGACCACCGCAGCGCCAUGGAGACCGAUGAUGAGGAGGAGGAGGAGCUGGGGCCGGAACGUUGCUUUGAGUUGCACCGCAAGAGUUGGCUCUCCAUGUUCGGCAGAAACGGCGCCAUCCCCUUCGAGGCCGAGACUCAGUACCCUCCCAUGCGCUACACGGACGUACCGGUGCUGCCAGUAACUGGUGGAUCUGGUUCUGGUGAUACCAUGGAGGUCUUCUUCGUCAAGGUGACUCAGAUCACCAGCGACCUCCAAUGGCCACUAGAUGUCUAUGGCAUUGUCGCUGUGCGCGAUUCCCUAGACCGGAAGCGCAACUACCUCUUCAGUCGUGGCAGAGAUAAUUGCCAGACCCUCACCUCUCAGGAUUCUCUUUUGCAACUUACAGGUCCUAGCCGAGCUAUCGUGCUGUGGGAUGAGCCUGUUUUUGAGAUUGACCUGAAAGUGAAGGAUAAAGGGAGUUCAUUGUCUGAAGAUGACAAGAUUUUAUGUUUGGAUUUCUUCGGAUACAACAACAUCUCUUACAGAGGCAGUCUCAGUUACACCAGAACAAAGGUGCUUUCAAGCAAGCAUAGCACAGUGGAGGUCAGGUACGCUCAUGUCAUGCGCUCCGUGGAGGCGACCAUCACUGCCCGCAUCAGCAAGGGAUCAGGCAACUUUAGUGCACGCCUCACUGCCUGCAACACGAACAUUGGUGAGGAUGUAGUGCUGCUGGACACCAGAGGCAAGGAGGUGUUCGUCAACGAGGAUGGGGAGGUCACACUGCAGCGCCGAGUAGUCGUCGUGGAGGAGAGGGCUGAACUGAUCCUUGGCAUCAAGGCUGAACAGCUAGGUGACGCUGGCGAGAGCAGCACUAAGCUUGAGAAGAAGUUUGGUUUUGUAGCUAAGUCAGCCCGGAGAAAUGAAGUCUAUUUUCACAUUGGAUCCUCGAGCCUGCACAUGGUGGUUGCAUGGUCUGUUCUUAUUUAGACAACUUAUAGAACUGGUACCGUGUCAUCAUACCAACGUGAUGACUUACCACCGACAUGUGAUUCUAUAUAUGACCUGGUAAACAAAAGUGUUUCCUUUACGUGAAUUAAGCUAUUAUGUA